AUGAGUACCGUGCACCUGCCCGAUCUCCGUCAGGCUGCCGGUGACGGCUGCAAAGGAUGCGAUAUCAUCCUCAGAGGAGCGCUUCACUUCAGAGGCUUCUGGCUGGGUGGCAACGUACUCGAAUACAACAAGUCCCACGAAUCUAGCCAUUCGCCCUGGCCCGAGUCCGAAAUCAGCGUCUUUUUCGGUCCCGUGGAUGAGGACUCCCACAUUCGCGUAGUCCGCCUCCAAAGACCAAGGAGGGAUGGCAACGGUCCGGAUGAGUUGGAGCUGGAAUUCUAUGUGCCAGCUGGUGUGCCGACCUCGUCACCGGGCAUCAGAAGCGUGGGUGAUAUACCAGCAACACCAGAUGACCCCAGGUGCUUUCUGACAAUCAAAUCCUGGAUACAGGACUGUCUGCAAAAGCACUCCACCUGCAGACAGAGUCGUGUCAACAAAGAGAUGCCGAUGAGACUCCUAGAUGUCUCUGUUGAUGUUCCUUGUCUCGUGCCUACCCAAAACGUACAGAAUUACGUCGCGUUGAGCCACUCAUGGGGAGCUAAGCGAGACCGGAUCCAAGCUGUCCCAAAGACAACAAAGACGAACAUCACUCAGCAAUAUCAAGGCAUCCCAUGGAUAGAAUUUACGAAGACAUUUCGGGACGCCAUUACCAUUACCAGGCGACUUGGGCUGAAAUAUAUCUGGAUUGACGCACUUUGUAUCAUUCAAGACGACGCUGCGGACUGGGCUGCCGAGGCGAGUCGGAUGUCGUCCAUCUAUGAGAACGCCUAUGUGGUGGUGGCCGCGACGAGAUCCAGGACCGGAGACGAUGGAUGCUUUUAUGAAAGAUGUCCCAGUUACGCCAUUCUUGACGAUGAUGGUGAGGCCAUGAAUGUCUCAGUCAAGCAACUGAUCGAGCACAGUGAUUUCGCAGCCAAGUAUCCCGUCACAUUCGAAACAAUGCCUCUCUUCGACCGAGCCUGGGUUUUCCAAGAACGGCUCCUGGCAUCCCGCAUCGUCCACUACACGCAGCACGAGCUCGUAUGGGAAUGCAAAGAAGCCCUACGCUGCGAGUGCCACGGCAUUGAAUCCGGCAAGGGCUGGGACUCGGGGAAGUACGAGGGAAACUUCAAGCUCGACCACGCGCGAGUUAUACAGAAGACAGACAACAUUCAGGAACGGUAUACACAGUGGAUGAUGGUCGUGAACCAGUACACGGCCCGCUCCCUUGCUUUCGACAGUGACCGGCUUCCCGCGCUGUCCGGCGUGGCCCGCCGCAUGCACAUGUCCGCCAUGGGCCGUUACCAUGCAGGUAUCUACGAAAACACCUUGCCCGGUGCACUACUAUGGAUGACAAGCAUCGGCAUGGUCGAGAAGGGUUGGCGGAAACGACGGCCCGCGCAAUACCGCGCGCCCUCGUGGUCGUGGGCGUCCGUCGAAGCCCAAUGCGGCGGCUGGCUUCUCGAAAGGACCGGCGCGAGUCUCGCCCAGGUCAAGGACAUAGAGUGCUCGCUUGCAACGCUAGAUCCCUACGGACAGGUCUCUGAUGGCUUCCUGAUCCUCCGUGCCCCCUGCGUCGACAGUAAGCUCGUCUAUGACAGGAGUCCAAGGAUCUUGGACAAUGGUGACCAGCUCUUUCGACUUCGUGUCAACGAGACGAGUGUGAGGCUGGAGGAAGACGUGCCCUUGGACGACGCGGCCGCAAGUGCCGACUACAUGCCCGAGGGAGCAUUUGUGCUGGUGGCUUUCAUCGAGAAGCGACCGUUGAAGGAUGAGCGCCCCUGGUACCGAGGAGUGGCGCUGCGGCCGUCCCGACGCGUGCCUGGCGCAUGGGAGAGAAUCGGGCGGUGCAAUUACUACGCGGCGGAGAACUUGAGGCUAUCAAAUCUCAGAGACCUGCGGAUUGUCUGA